GUCUUGUUUCUUCCAAUGAUUCGAUGGUCGACUUCGGUUGCUUUGGGUGUCUCAGCCGGUAUUGCGGCUUGCAUAGCUUUCUACUGGUAUUACCGACGUAGAAGUAGUGAAAUGCAACGUUCGGGUUCAAGUGGCGUUCCAAACGGGCGACUAGUGCACUCUCAUAGCAACUAUACUACCGAAAUUGCUGUUCCUGAUGAGGUUGUGGGUUAUAUAAUUGGCAAAGAAGGACAAAACGUGAAGCAACUUCGUUCGCAGAUGGGUGUGAAGAUAACUUUCAAGGAGAUCGAAGGUGGCUCACGAGUUGCAGUUAUUUGCGGGAAACGAGAUUCUGUGGAUCAGGCUAGGUCGACAAUUCAAAGGCAAAUCACGGAAAAAUUGACAGUGAAGAAAAUUGAUACAUUCGCUUUUCAGGUUCCACAAUAUACAGUGGGCAGGAUCAUCGGGAAGCAGGGUAAAACUAUAAGGGAAUUAUGUCGAGUGUCUGGCGCCAAAAUUGAAAUUGAAAGAGGCAGUGAAUAUAAUCUUCUUUGUCAACGACGUUGCACUAUUACUGGAACAGCUGAGCAAAUUAACAGGGCAAAGUUACUGUUGGAAGAGAAGGUGGUCGAGGAAAAUGAGUUUAGGAGGAAGAGAGGCUCAGAUCAAAGCAAGAAGAAUAUGAAGGGAGCUUCUUUAAUGCAAAAAGAUAGAGAAAUGUCAGUAUUUGCUGCUCAAGCUGCCACUGUUGAUUUAGGAGCUUUGUCGCCUCGUUUACCAGCAGUCACUGAUUAUUUUACAGUGUAUGUUGCAGCUGUUGAACAUCCUGGUCACUUUUGGAUUCAGGUACUGGAACCGGAUGGAACUAAGCUGGAUGCUAUCUCUCAAGAAAUCAAUAGCAUUUAUCCUCAUCUUGAAGCUAGUGAAAUGGCUUUGAAACAUGUUAGUGUUGGUGACAUUGUUUGUGCUCUUUUUGAGCAUGACUCGUCAUGGUACAGAGCAAGGGUAGAAGAUAUUAUUUCGGACAGUGAGGUUGAAGUGUAUUUUGUUGAUUUUGGAGACAACAGCAGAGUUCCCUAUAGUAGUAUUAAGAGAAUAAGACCAGAAUUUUUGCAACUUCCAUUUCAAGCGAUAGAAUGUGGACUGCAUGGAAUUUGUCCCAAAGCAGGGGAAUCUGCUGAAUGGUCUGAUGAUGCCGUUGAUCUUUUUGAGGAAACAACACAUUGUGCCAGGUGGAGACCACUGAUGGCUAAGAUCAUGGGCUAUGAACUUCUACAGUCAACAAAAGAUAAUGUUCCAAUGUUGGAGUUAGUAGACACAAACAGCAGAGAGGAUAUUAAUAUAGCUGGAGAACUGGUCAGAGAAGGGUUUGCCAUCUGGUCAAGUGACAAGCAGAUAGAAAGAAGCUUACCUGCUAAAGGAGCUGAGCCUGAUCUGAUAGCAGAUUCACUUACUAAAGACACAUGAAUUGACCAAGUGGUUUUGAUGUCAACAUACAAAGUUGAUUUUUGUCAGAUCAGGUUUGAAGCAAAUUGUGGAUUAUAAUUGCUUUUCAUUGCUCUAACAGUCAUAGUAGUCUGAAAAAUUUGGGGACAGAUUGCAGUUAAGAUUUGCAGACUGGAUAAGAAGGAAGUAAUUGUUGUAACUGUUGUAAUAACCUGUUAAAUUUCAAGUUUUGCAAAUUGACGUUGUUU